AUGACUGAUUUAAUGUUAACCGAUGAUACAGCUUUAGAAACAACAGCAACCGAUAUUCGAGUAUUCGGAAAAUGGAGUGGUGCUGAAAUACAAAUUUCGGAUAUGUCACUUGAAGAUUAUAUUCUUGGUGCUAAAAAACCGAAAUUUCUUCCACAUUCAGCUGGUCGUUAUCAAGUAAAACGUUUUCGAAAAGUUUCAUGUCCAAUUGUUGAACGUCUUGUAUGCUCACUUAUGUUUCAUGGACGUAAUAAUGGCAAAAAAUUAAUGGCUGUUCGUAUUGUACGACAUACAUUUGAAAUUAUUCAUUUACUUACAGGCGAAAAUCCACUUCAAGUACUUGUUAAUGCUAUUAUUAAUAGUGGACCACGUGAAGAUUCAACGCGUAUUGGUCGUGCUGGUACAGUUCGACGACAAGCUGUCGAUGUAUCACCAUUACGACGUGUUAAUCAAGCACUUUAUUUGCUUUGCACAGGUGCACGUGAUUCUGCAUUCAAAUCGGUCAAAACAAUUGCCGAAUGUCUUGCCGAUGAACUUAUCAACGCUGCUAAAGGAUCGUCAACGUCAUUUGCCAUCAAACGUAAAGACGAACUUGAACGUGUUGCUAAAUCAAAUCGUUAA